UGAAGUCCAAACGACAAUCUUCCUACUAUACUAUCUAUGAGUGGAAAUAAUUAGUGUGAAAAAUACCAGUUUUCUAGCGACGACGGUAGUUUGUGAUGGCAAUGCGUGGAACUUCGAGAAGGGUUUUGAGUUCCGUUUACCGAAGCAUAUCAUCAUCUUCCACUGUUGAUAAAGCUUUUCCACCUCCUCCUCUUGUUUCUUCACGAAGAGUAGUUGUCACCGGUUUGGGAAUGGUGACACCUCUUGGUUGUGGAGUCGAUAAAACAUGGAACCAACUAAUUGAUGGAAAAUGUGGGGUAAGGGCACUGUCUUUGGAGGAUCUCAAGAUGAAUGCUUUUGAUACAGAAACUCAGUUGGCUACAUUUCAUCAAUUGACUUCCAAAGUUGCUGCACUUGUUCCCGCUGGAACUAACCCCGGUGAAUUUAAUCACGAAAUUUGGCUUAAUUCUAAGGAACAUCGAUCCAUGACAAGGUUUAUAGCAUAUGCACUAUGUGCUGCCGAUGAAGCUCUUAAAGAUUCUAAUUGGUUUCCCACUGAGCAGGAACACAAGGAAAGAACGGGGGUGUCUAUUGGUGGGGGAACUGGAAGCGUUAGUGACAUGUUAGACUCUGCACAACUGAUAUGUGAAAAGCGCCUUCGUCGCCUUAGUCCAUUUUUUAUACCACGGAUACUGAUCAACAUGGCAUCAGGGCACGUUAGCAUGAAAUAUGGGUUCCAGGGGCCAAAUCAUGCUGCAGUCACUGCUUGUGCUACUGGGUCACAUUCUAUUGGUGAUGCAAUGAGAAUGAUUCAAUUUGGGGAUGCAGAUGUUAUGGUGACUGGAGGCACCGAGUCCAGUAUUGAUGCAUUAUCAAUUGCAGGAUUCUGCAAGUCUCGAGCCUUGAGUACAAAAUAUAACUCAAGCCCACAAGAAGCAUCGCGGCCCUUUGAUAGUGGUCGAGAUGGGUUUGUGAUAGGUGAAGGUUCUGGAGUCUUGGUCUUGGAGGAACUUGAGCAUGCUAAAAACCGAGGAGCCAAAAUCUAUGCAGAGAUUCGUGGCUAUGGGAUGUCAGGGGAUGCAUAUCAUAUUACUCAACCUCCUAGUGAUGGGAGAGGUGCCAUUCUGGCCAUGACUCGUGCUUUAAAACAGUCAGGUUUUCAUCCUUCUGAUGUGGAUUACAUCAAUGCACAUGCUACAUCUACACCUUUAGGUGAUGCAGUAGAAGCUAAUGCUAUCAAAACCAUAUUCUCUGAGCAUGCUAGCUCAUCUUCUUUAGCCUUCUCAUCCACCAAGGGGGCUAUUGGUCAUCUCCUUGGUGCUGCUGGAGCUGUUGAAGCAAUUUUUUCUGUUUUAGCAAUCCGACAUGGAAUCGCUCCAUUAACUCUCAAUUUAACUAGGCCAGAUUCUGUAUUUGGUGACGGUUUCAUGCCAUUGACUGCUUCAAAGGAGAUGCCAAUUAGAGUAGCUAUGUCAAACUCUUUUGGUUUUGGAGGAACAAAUGCUUCCCUACUAUUUGCUUACUCUGGAUCGGACUAGUAAGAUAGGUGCAUCUCAUUCAUUCCCCAGGCGUUAUUCUACAAGAGCUAACACAUCAUGCUGAGGAGAAUUUAAUGGCCUAAAAGCUUUAAUGCUGAAGUAUGUGCUUUUCCUUACAUUUUAAAACUGCUCUGUUGCUUUUGCUAAGCAGUUUUUCAAUGUGAUUAGCUUUUAAUUAUUAACCCUCUUAUGAUUAUUCCAAUUGCAUUGUGAGAACAUCUGGCCAUGAUGUAUGGUGCAAUUCUAAAUAGGUCAGGAAUCAAGAUGGUUGAGUUGAAGUAGACAAAAAUUUUGUUUUGUAAUUUAACUCUGAAAUGAAAUAAAUAUUUUGAUAAGAAAAAAAAACGUUAUUGUUUGAUGUGUAUAA